AUGGGUUCAUUGAGAAUUCUGUGGCGGAGUACUACCAAUUAUGUGAAGAAAUGUGUCUCUUGUCAAGUUGCUCAUGAUGCUCACAAAGGGAUUAGUGAUACUGUUUAUAUUAAGAUGCUGGCAACUGUUUUGACACCAAUGAGAGAGUGGUCAGUAAAAAGGGUCCUUAGUUACCAUGAAAAUUUCAACAGAUAUCACUCAAGCCUAAAUGACUUUUCUGGUGCACAAUCAAAAGGAAUUGCUACUGCAGAAAAAUUGAAAGAACGAGGCUGGGCGUAUGUAUUCAAUACAUUGCUUAUCAUGGAUCUUCUUUUUAUACAAAAACCAGUAUCAAUCAACUGGGAUAAAUGUCAUAUGUCACAGUCUUCCUUGCCUCCAAAAUACUUGGCGGCUUGUUCAAAUUUACUUCAGGCUAUGUUUGUGAGCGUCACCCCUGUGAUAUCAAUGUUGCUUGACUUGAAGCUUGAAGACAAGGAUACACAACAGAAGAUCGCAGGCCUGGAGAGCACGGCUGCUGUUGAAGAUUUGUGGUCCCUUGAUCAUAUUGACAACCUUUGCCAUUGGACUGGCAUGAUCUGUAACGAAGAAGGAAGCAUUACUCGGAUAAACCUCCAAAAGUCUAACCUCUCAGGUACACUUAACCAACUCAAUUUCACCUCAUUUCCAAAUCUUACUCACUUCAACAUCACCCAAAAUAACUUCAGAGGGCCUAUACCAGCUUCCAUUAGUAAUCUCUCCAAUCUUAUUUCCUUGGACCUUAGCUUGAACAAUUUGCAAAGUACCAUACCAGUUGAAAUUGGCCUUCUGACUGAGGUUAAACACCUUAUCCUUAGUUUCAACAACCUCUCAGGUCCUGUUCCAUGGCAAAUAGGAAACUUACCAAAUCUUUUGGUUCUUAUCUUCUCAGACAACCAGCUUUCCGGUCGUAUGCCUACAUCAGUCUUCACAAACCUAAGCAAGCUUGAGAAUUUGGAUCUCUGUGGAAACCAUUUACAGGGAAUAUUGCCAUUGAACAACUUGACUAUGCUAUCCAAGCUACAACUUCUUCGCCUCGGAAGAAACAACUUGAGUGGUUCAAUUCCUGAAGAAAUUAGUCUAUUGAGAAAUCUUCAGAUUCUUUCCUUGUACAAGAGCCAAUUCUCAGGCCCCAUUAAGCAAAAGAUUGGAAGGCUGCAUCAUUUGUUGGCACUUGACCUUUCAGGGAACAUACUUUCAGGUCCGAUACCUCCCUCGAUUGGUAAUCUGACAAAUCUUUUGGUCCUUUCUCUUCACAAUAACAGUCUUGAUGGAACAAUUCCUGAAGAAUUUGGAAAUCUGAAACAUCUGCGAACCCUUUCCAUCACUUCUAAUAUGCUUCAAGGAAGUAUUCCAACAUUUCUGGGGAACUUGGUGUUUCUUAAAUAUUUACUUAUCUCAGGAAACCAACUCUCAAGCCUAAUAAAAGACACGCCAGAUAUAUCGAUUUGUAAGUUGCAUCAUCUCCAAGUCCUUGAUCUUUCUAACAACAGCUUUGGAGGUGUAAUUCCAGAAUGUUUGGGAAACUUCAGUGAACACCUGCUAGUAAUGAAUUUGGCUAUGAAUCAAUUCGAAGGAACUAUCCCCGGAACAUUCAGGAAAGGAAAUGUUAUACAAUCUCUGCACUUGGAAAGCAACCGAUUAACAGGAUCAUUGCCAAAAAGCUUGGGCAACUGUAGGAGGCUAGAAGUUAUGGAUAUUGGGAAUAACAACAUAACAGACUCAUUUCCUCAUUGGCUAGAUACUCAUAUGGAGUUACAAGUUCUUGUGCUAAGAUCAAAUAGCUUCGACGGCCAUAUAAAUGUUUCUGAUACUAAACGUCCAUUUCCAAAACUAAGAGUUCUGGAUAUCUCUUGCAAUAAGUUCACUGGCUCUUUGCCAACAUAUUAUUUGGAGCAUUUCAAAGCACUAAUGAAUGUCGAAAAGCGUGUAGGUAGAGCAUAUAAAAUGAGAUUUCCAGUGAACCUUGAUUCCAGGAGACCAAAUUAUUAUGAGGAUUAUGUGAAUCUCAUUCUGAAAAGGAAUGAAAUUCGAGUAGUACGCAUAUUGGAGAUGUACUCGAUGAUUGAUUUCUCCAACAACUAUUUCCAUGGUAAUAUUCCUAGUACUAUGGGAAAACUUUGUACUGUUCGAUUUCUAAAUCUGUCUCACAACAACCUAAGCGGCCACAUUCCAUCCUCACUGGGGAAUCUAUCCAUUCUUGAAUCUUUAGAUCUCUCAUCAAACCAACUAGUCGAGAAUAUACCCUGGCAGCUAGCAACACUAACAUCUCUUAGUGUACUCAAUCUUUCUUACAAUUUUCUCGUAGGAUCGAUUCCUCGAAGCACACAGUUUGACACAUUUGGAAAUGAUUCCUAUCUAGGGAACACAGCGUUGUGCGGAUUUCCUUUGACAUUGGACUGCAAUAACAGUACAGCUCCACAGCUAGGAACACUCGUACAUGAAGAGAGCAAUCAGAUUUUUUUGCUGAAUUUGGUUGGCAAACUGCUCUUGUAG